AUUGAACUUGAUUGCGACUCUCUGUUUGCUUGGAUUUGAAAUUUGAACUCUUAAAUCACAUCCCAUCCGUUCUCCAAGGCGGUUUGAUUUUACUCAAGAUUGUUGUUAGGUAGGAAAGUACUGUUUGCUUAUUACGUUAGCUUCGCCACCUACCUCUCCUCGGCUUGACUUGAAACCUUGCCGCCCAAGCUUGAUUGCAAUUGCAACCCGGAAUAACACCACUCUUCAUCUCCUCUGUUUAUCCUACAAAUCAUCAAUCGAGAUGUCGCUAUCCUACUACUUGAAGCAUUUGUUCUUGGGGUCACUGGUGACCUCCACCCUGGCUCGUCCCCAGCAAAAGCCCCUUGCUAACGACGAUGACGACACUCCUCUGCCGGUAGUGAUCUGGCACGGACUUGGCGAUGAUUACUCGGCCCAGGGCCUUCGCCAGGUUGGCGAGAUUGUCGAGGCGGCUAACCCUGGAACUUUCGUCUACUUCAUCCGCAUGGACGAUAAUGCAUCACAGGACCGCAGCGCUACCUUCUUCGGCAACCUGACCGAACAGGUCCAAAAGGCCUGCGACGACAUCGCCAGCCAUCCCAUCCUCUCGACGGCCCCGGCGAUCGACGCGCUUGGCUUCAGCCAGGGCGGCCAGUUCCUACGGGCGUAUGUCGAGCGCUGCAACUCGCCACCCGUCCGUAGCCUGGUCACCUUUGGCUCCCAGCACAACGGUAUCGUCGACUUCAAGGCCUGCUCCGCCACGGACUUUCUUUGCAAGGGUGCAAUGGCACUCCUGCGCGGCAACACCUUUUCGCAGUUUGUGCAGAGCCGUCUGGUGCCUGCACAAUACUUCCGCGACCCGGCCAACAACUAUGACAAGUACCUUGAGUCUAGCAACUUCCUCGCCGACAUCAACAACGAGCGCGUGCUCAAGAAUCAGACUUACAAGAAGAACCUCGCCAAGCUGGUCAACUUUGUCAUGUUCGCCUUUGCCGAGGAUACCACCGUCAUCCCGAGGGAGACGGCGUGGUUUGAGGAGGUCAACGGCACCGAGGUUAUUCCUCUUCGCGCCAGAAAGCUCUACACUGAGGACUGGAUCGGUCUCCGCGAGCUUGACCGCAACGGUGGUUUGAAGCUGAGGACAUGUCCCGGCGAUCACAUGCAGCUUUCUGAUGAAUUGCUCAACGACACAUUCUCGGAGUUCUUUGGACCUAACAAGAAGAGGUUUGACAUGGGUCGCCGUGCGGGUGAUUUGGAUCUCACGCGGGAAGAUGAGCUCUAGGUGAUAACCUAACUAGGGAAUGCAUGUACAACACUUGUUUGAUAGUAUAGGAUCCAGGCCUCAGAAAUCACGAAUUGCAUUGUUGGCAGAUUUCAAUUCAUAUUCAUUGUGCAGAGUAACCGAGGUUGGUCGAAUACUGAUGUCUCGCACGCGGGCCAAUACCACGGAACCAGGCCUUUGUUAACACAAGACAUAAUAAUAAAAAC